CGGAAUCAGCAGAUUGGUGGAAAGUUUGGCGGACUUUAUCCUCCAGAGAGGAUCGUGUGUGUUGUUCAGCCUUGUGGUCUCAGUCCAGCAUCGAGAGCCUCCUCAGCUGAUUUCCACUUUCUGGGACUGGAGAAACAGAUAAACCAUGUCUUUGAUUAAUGGGCACAAUGUUGUGAGCAAAGAAACAUGGGAUUCACACAACAAGAUGAUGCUGGAGCCUCUGUCCAUCAACGACUCUGAGGUGUUCUCCAUCAUAAAAAAAGAGAAGCACAGGCAGACGUACGGUCUGGAGCUGAUAGCGUCAGAAAACUUUGCUAGCAGAGCCGUUCUAGAGGCUCUGGGUUCCUGCAUGAACAACAAAUACUCUGAAGGAUAUCCUGGUCAGAGGUACUAUGGUGGUACGGAGCAUGUUGAUGAGCUGGAGAGGCUCUGCCAGAAGAGGGCACUAGAGACCUAUGGACUGGACUCAGAGAAAUGGGGUGUCAACGUGCAGCCAUACUCGGGUUCACCUGCUAACUUUGCCGUCUACACGGCCAUCGUGGAGCCACAUGGCAGGAUCAUGGGGCUGGACCUUCCUGAUGGAGGUCACCUGACACACGGCUUCAUGACCGAGAAGAAGAAAAUCUCAGCAACGUCCAUCUUCUUUGAAUCCAUGCCGUAUAAGGUGAAUCCAGAAACUGGCUACAUUGACUAUGACAGACUGCAAGAAAACGCUCGGCUGUUCCACCCCAGACUCAUCAUUGCAGGAACAAGCUGCUAUUCCCGCAACCUUGACUACGCCCGCCUGAAGCAGAUCACUAAUGAGAACGGUGCAUACUUGAUGGGAGACAUGGCUCACAUCAGUGGAUUGGUGGCUGCUGGAGUGGUGCCCUCACCCUUUGAGUACUGUGACAUUGUUACCACGACAACACACAAGACGCUGCGUGGCUGCCGCGCUGGACUCAUCUUCUACAGGAAAGGCUUGCGGAGUGUAGAUGCCAAGGGGAAGGAGAUUCUGUACAAUCUGGAGUCUUUGAUCAAUCAGGCUGUGUUUCCAGGGCUGCAGGGAGGACCACACAACCACGCUAUUGCAGGUGUUGCUGUCGCUCUCAAGCAAGCCAUGACGUCAGAGUUCAAGGCCUACCAGAUGCAGGUUCUUGCUAACUGCAAAUCUCUAUCCAAUGGCCUUAUUGACCACGGUUACAAGAUUGUCACUGGCGGCUCUGACAACCAUCUGAUCUUGCUUGACCUUCGCAACAAAGGGACUGAUGGAGGACGAGCUGAGAAGGUUUUGGAAGCCUGUGCCAUUGCGUGUAAUAAGAACACCUGUCCAGGGGAUAAGAGUGCUCUGCGCCCCAGUGGUCUGAGGUUUGGCUCUCCAGCAUUGACCUCCAGAGGCAUGGUGGAGGAUGAUUUCAAGAAGGUGGCAGAGUUCAUUCAUAGAGGUAUUGAGCUGACCUUGGAGGUGCAGAGAAGCCUGGAUCCCAAGGCCACUCUGAAGGAGUUUAUUCAGGCGCUGGCCAAGGGGGAGAAGUUCCAGCAGCGGAUUUCAGAAAUCAGGGCAGAGGUGGAGGGUUUCGCUGGCCAGUUCACCAUGCCUGGCCUACCCGAGCUGUAGAGUACGGCAGUUCAGACUGCUGGACUGAUGGUUAUAAAAAACAUCAUAAUGCCAAAUUUUGGUUGUGUACAUUGUUUGGGCUGUAUAUGUGUUUCGAGUGUACAUGUGUCUCUCACAGCUCAAAUCAAGAUACCUUCUCAUUACUUCACUGCAGUUCAGUUUCAGCUUGGAACAGAUCUUUCUUAUUAGAAAGAUAGAUUUGCAGACUGUUUGUCCUCCUUAUCCAGUGCUGCUGAAGUGCCUUUGCUGGUUUUAGAUGGGGUCUUGUUAUCAACGGUUACUUUGGUCUCAAAUGUUGCGAUCACAUUUAAGCUUUAAUCUCAAAAUUAAAUUCUUGAAUUAAAUCCAUAAUUCCAAAGUUUUGUUACACUGUAGAAUGAAGCACAAAUCAUGUGUAUUCUUUUCAUACAUGAGCAUUCAAUGUCAUUAUACUGUAUAUGAUACAACAUAAUGAAUACAAUUUGAAACAAUAAAAAAACACAAUUGUUGCAUUUAAUUAAAGGAUCCAUUAUGAAUGAAAA